AUCCUAAAGAAAUCAAACGGAGGACAAGACGACCUUGUCCCCAAGCUGCCAAGCACACCUCGCAUCUCGGUAGCUCCGCAGUGCCGGCCGUGCUGUCCAAACUCCGUACCCACCACUUCACCCCGUCUCAACUCUCAUCUGACUCCGCCUCGCCUUCUCCGGUCGCGACUCCUCGCCUGAAGCUGAUCGGUCUCCCCGUCCCCCACCGGCGAGAUGGAGCUGAAGCCCGGCAUGUCGGCCUUCGUCACCGGCGGCGCCUCCGGCAUCGGGAAGGCGCUUUGCCUCGCUUUUGCACAAAAGGGUCUAUUUGUGACUGUGGUAGAUUUCUCUGAAGAGAGUGGAAAGGAAGUUGCUUCACUAGUUCAACAGGAGAACAAGAAGUUCCAUGGAGACCUGGGAGUGUCGUCUGCCAUAUUCAUUAAGUGUGAUGUUUCUAAUACAGAUGAUCUUGCUGCUGCUUUUGGGAAACAUGUAGAUACAUAUGGUGGACUGGAUAUCUGCAUUAAUUGUGCUGGAAUCGCGAACAAUACAUUAGUUUAUGAUGAUAGAUCUGAUGGACUUAGGACAUGGAGGCAUGCCAUAAAUGUGAACCUUGUUGCUGUUAUUGAUGGUACUCGCAUAGCAAGUCAAAUCAUGCGAUCCCUGAAGAAGCCUGGUGUCAUAAUCAAUAUUGGUUCAGCAGCGGGCCUUUAUCCUAUGUACGCCGAUCCAAUAUAUUCUGGGACAAAAGGUGGUGUUGUUAUGUUUACACGAUCACUUGCUCCAUUGAAACGCCAUGGUGUUCGUGUGAAUGUGCUGUGCCCUGAGUUUGUUCAAACUAAUAUGGCUGAGCAAAUAAAUCGCAAAAUAGUAGAUGCAACUGGCGGAUUCAUGAAGAUGGAGGAAAUUAUUAAUGGUGCAUUUGAACUUAUAAAAGAUGAGAGCAAGGCUGGUGCUUGCCUUUGGAUAACUAAACGAAGAGGUAUGGAAUACUGGCCAACAUCGGAGGAACAAAGAAAAUAUCUGUUGAAUUAUACGAAGUCAAAAAGAACAAUAACAAAGAAUGCAUUUCCUGGCAUCCAAAUACCUGAGUUCUUUGAGAAGAUAGUUGUUCACACGCUCAGCCAUAAUUUCCGCAAUGCUACAAGACUUGAUCGUGUGCGAUUGAGAUUGCCCAUUGAACCACAAAAUGUGCUAGUUAAAAUAAUAUAUGCUGGCGUAAAUGCUAGUGAUGUAAACUACAGCUCUGGGCGUUAUUUCAGUGGUAGUGCUAAAGAAACUGCUGCACGCCUUCCAUUUGAUGCUGGUUUUGAGGCUGUGGGAAUUGUCGCUUCUGUUGGAGAUGCAGUCAGCCAUAUCAAAGUCGGUAGUCCUGUGGCUCUUAUGACUUUUGGGAGCUAUGCUGAAUUUACGCUGGUUCCAGCCAAACAUCUUCUUCCUGUGCCAAGACCAGACCCUGAGGUCGUUGCUAUGCUAACAUCAGGAUUGACUGCAUCAAUUUCUCUUGAAAAGGCAGGUCAAAUGACAUCUGGACAAGUUGUUUUAGUUACAGCAGCUGCUGGUGGAACAGGGCAAUUUGCUGUUCAGCUCGCAAAACUAGCUGGCAACAAGGUUGUUGCCACAUGUGGUGGCGAAAGUAAAGCUGCACUUCUGGCUUCCUUAGGAGUUGAUCGAGUUAUUAACUACCAGCAUGAAAAGAUCAAAGAUGUUCUGAAAAAAGAGUUUCCAAGAGGUGUAGAUAUCAUAUAUGAAUCUGUAGGUGGAGAAAUGUUUGAUUUGUGCUUAAAUGCACUCGCAGUCCAUGGACGUCUCGUUGUAAUUGGUAUGAUCUCUCAGUAUCAAGGAGAGGAGGGAUGGAAGCCUAAGAAUUACACUGGACUGUGUGAGAAGAUUCUUGCUAAAAGUCAAACUGUGGCUGGAUUUUUCCUGGUUCAGCAUGCUCAUAUGUGGCAAGAUCAUCUUGACAAACUAUUUGAGUUGUAUGCCUCUGGAAAGCUAAAGGUUUCUCUUGACCCUAAGAAAUUCUUGGGUGUUGCUUCCGCGGUGGAUGCUGUAGAGUAUCUUCAUUCUGGCAAGAGUGUUGGCAAGGUCGUUGUCUGCAUUGAUCCAUCAUACAGCCAGACCCUUGCUAAGCUGUAGUCUGUUGUGUGCAGACAUGAGAUGCGUCAUGUUUCAUCAUCGCGAAGUAUGACGCAGCAAAUGCGUACAUUAGAGGAGCACAGUGCGUGCACAUAGAGCGUAGUUGCGUGAAGUCAAGUGUGCAGCUCGGUUGUCUGAUUAGUUUGUAUUGCAGACAGUAUAGAAAUCGAAUAAGUUUAUACGUGAGGGCAGACAGUAUAUGGAAAUCAAAUAAGUUUAUACGUGAGGGCAGACAGUAUAUGGAAAUCAAAUAAGUUUAUAUAAUCACAGAUACUAGAAUUAUGUUGGAGUAAAUUGCUCGGUCCAGUGGUUACGCUGUCCUUCAUGUUCACUGUAAAACAUAUCUUGAAUAGCUAGAAAUGUUUAUAGGUGGUUUGUUUGGCAUAACCUUGGGGCCGAAUGGUUGAUGCGCUCGUGUACUCUGGGGUCAUUCACGUGAUCAUAGAUUUAAAAAAACAGUGUGUAAUUUCUUUACUCUACAAAAGGCUCAAUUAGUGACGGCAGUCUGUAAUGAUCACGUAACUUGACUCAAAUUACUAAGAUGGGGAUGAAUAUUGAUGAUAUGAUCUACUAGAUAAUAAUACAAAAUUCUCUUUGUAUA